AUGGCAAGCAUUGACAAUCAUGAUUCGAAACUUCAAGAGGACAUCAAGAAAUGUGAACUAUCCACCAGAAUCGAUUUGAACAAUCGAGCAUUGACCGAUAAAGAUAUGAAUAUUGUUAUUGAAAGUGCAAUCAUUAAUAAGCGUUGUUCGUCUCUAUGGUUAUAUGAUAAUAUGUUCACAUCACGAGGUGCACGAAUUUUAGCAGAUAACAUAGGCAAUAAUAAUACAUUACAAGAAUUAUUUCUCGAUGGUAAUCAAAUAUUGGAUAUUGGAGUACAUUAUUUAUCACUCAUUCUAAAUCAUUCGACUCUAAUAUCAUUAAGUCUUUCGGAAAAUAAUAUUACAGAUCAAGGUGCUGAAUAUCUUGCUGAAAUACUCAAGACCAAUCGAACAUUAAGACGUCUAUGGCUUUAUCACAAUCGAAUAGGUGAUCAUGGAAUGAAAAUGUUUGCUAAUAUAUUGACAAAACAUAAUACGACUCUUGAAUGGUUAGAUCUUCGUUCGAACAAAUUGAUAACUGAUGUUAGUGUUGAUGCUUUAAUUUUAAUGAUUGAAUCAAAUCAUUCAUUGAAGAAAUUCUGGAUGGAAUAUUGUAAUCUAUCUUAUGAAUGUAAAGCAAAACUUCGACAGUUAGCAAAAUCAAAGACGAACUUUGAAUUAGGUGCUUAA